GGCCCGCGCUUGGCCCGCGCCAGAAAUGUACAGAUUAAUCAAGGAUGACAAAAUGCAGUAAGAUCCAGGCUUGGGAACAUAAAAAUGUAUUUCUGACGUCACUAUAAAGGAAAAAGAGGAAAGGGGAUGUUUUCUAGUGCCAGAAAGUGAUUCAACAGCCAAUACUGCGAAUUUUCUAAAAAUAUAUCUAAAGAUGUUUAUUUUAUUCAUCUUUGUUCAUAAUAACAGUUGAAAAGCAACAAAAACUGCUAGCAAACUCGCAGGCUUUCGCACAUGCUAAGAACAUUGAAAAUAGUAAAAAGAGCCCAGAGUGUACGUACUUUUUCAUAAAAAUUGUACAAAAUUUCAUUUCUAGCCCUCCUAAAAAAACAAUUUUUGUCGUCAAUCACCUUGAGAUUUAGAUAUUUUUAUUUUUUAUUUUUUGGCGUCACAAGCCAUCGACAUUCAACUACUUUCACUCUUACUUUCAACCUUGAGGCAGUUGGAUUGCGGCAAAACCGGCGCGAUGCAAUUGGCAAUGAUGGCAGCUGACUCAUCAACAGAUAAGGUGUCUGUGGCCAACAUUAUCAUUGAUAUGUGGGACCUUGUGAACCAAAUUCUUGAACAACAGACUCUGCUUGAAAACUGGAUGAAAGGGGGCUUCAUGAACAUCGCCAAAGCAAGGUACGUGAUGGGUCAGCACUCUGUGGGCGAGAACCAGCUGCCGUCUGGUGAUCGUGAGAUCAGCGCCGGCCUGCUGGUGACUCGCGACCAGGCGCCUCCGGAGGCCGCCGAGCCGGCCGCGUUCACCCUCUCGCCGCAGUCGAGCGACACCGAGCCGCUGCGCUGGUUCUCGGCGCUGCCGCCAGGGGCGCUGCGCGACGCCCAGCGGCAGUUCCGCCGAGCCGCCGAGAUCAGCUGCGAGGUCGCAUCGCUGAAGAGUCGGCUGCAGGCGAUGAUGGCGAGGCUGAGUGAUGCCAGGAAGGAGUCUGAGGUGGAGGGUACGGACACUGAACUGAAAACGGCGCAACUGACCGAGGCCGUGGAAGCGCUGGCAGUAAAGUGAAUGCGAGGUAAAAUUAUCACUUUAGAAAUUAGAGUUCAUAACAAGAGUGUAAGCCUGUGUUGUAUGUGAACGAUAGUUUGGGUCAUAUCAUGUAUAGCUUGUAUGCUUUUGUAUCUUGUGUGUCGUGAGUCAGGCCAUAAAGUAAAAUAUUUAGAUUAAUCAUAUUGAACACUGUCGCGCAGUCCCCUGUUUGAUCGGAUUUGGUCUCUGCACAUUCCGAUACUAGUUCCCGUGCUGUGUUUCGUGGUGUCUGUUAUUAACGAUCAAAUGAAACUAUUCAAUUGAACAUGUGUCGAAAUACAUUGUUAUGCCCUCAA